UACAUGCUGCAUUUGUACAGUGCUCUUGUAGGGUGUGAAGGAACCUAAAGAGAACCUAAGGUGUGAAGAAACCUACAGGGUUUCUUAACAAUGCAAAGACAGUUUACCGGGUAGUUUAUGGGGCCCAUAAUGAAAAUUUCCACAAAAACCUGUACAUUAUCAAAAGACUCACUGUGGUCUGUAGUUUUUUUUUUUUCUCUUUUUUUUCUUGUCAUGCAUCAACCCACAAUGCUUAUGAAAAUGCAGAAUUGUUUGGCACAAAAGAUCAAGAUGCCAAAGGGAAGGUUGAGAAAGAAUGUAUCAUUCCAAGCACACUGGGACUUCCUCAAAAAAAAAAAAACCCUUGUUCUGGUAUACAGUAUCGUUGGUGGCUUCUGCAUGUGAUUUUCUAAUCAGGAUGGAGGUUCUGGCCUUGAGUAUAAAUAUAUGAGCGCUCCCUCUGGGGUGUACUGCAUCUACUGAGCAGAGCAGUUAACCUAGAUUGAGCAUCUCCACCAUGAAGACAGCUGGUGUCUUCAUGGUCCUCCCUCUGGUACUUUUAUGUUGCUUCUCAGGUAUUGCCAGUGAACCUCCGAAUCAGAAAAUUAUAUAUUUACAGUUGCAGAAUGAUUGCAGUGCUUAUCCAGAAGCAAAGGGCCAAACCUUCCUCUGUACAACAGAGUACCGUCCUGUCUGUGGCACCAAUGGUGUGACGUACAACAACAUAUGUUUUUUGUGCACCAGAAAAUGGGAAACUGGAGGCAAGUUUAACCUACUGCAUGAGGGAGUAUGUAUGAAAAAGGUUGAUUGCAGUAAAUACCCACGAACAAAAGACCCACGCAAGAUAGCCUGCCCACGAAUCUAUGCACCAGUCUGUGGAACUGAUGGUGCCACUUAUAGCAAUGAAUGUCUGCUGUGUGCAGAAAUCUUGAUAACUGGAGUUAACAUUGGCAUAAAACAUGAAGGCGUAUGUAACCGAAAGAUAGCUACCUGGGCAGCUAUCAGGAUUUUCAUCAGUCCCUUCAUGCUGGGUAAAUACUUUGAAGGUCCCGAAUCUGAUUACUUCUAUAGAUAUACAGAACCCAUAUAUAUCUGCAAACACAGUCGGGGGUUAAUUGCAAGGAUAACUACCCAGCAAAGUACUAACAGAAUCAGCACAGACCAGACACCUGUCUUCACCAUGAAGCUAAAAGGUGCCUUUGUGUUCUUUUCCCUGGCAUUUUGCUGCUUCAUUUUAGGAGUCACCGCUCAAGGUGGGCGUCAGCCUGACUGCAGGAAAUACAAAAAUCGAGAUGGAACCUGGAGAGGAGGCUGUCUAAGGAACUAUGCACCAGUCUGUGGAACAGACGGCAUCACUCACAGCAAUGAAUGUUUGCUGUGUGAAAAAAUCUUUGAAACUGGAGUCCCCAUUGGCAUAAAGCACAAAGGAGAAUGUUAGCACAAUG